UUACGGCGUUCCUCUUCCAAGAUGCUACAGUUCGGUCAGUUGAAAAAAAGUCACCCAGGCUGAGCGGCUCGGUGAGACGUCAACAUGUGGAAAUCAAGGAUUUAACGGCGUGGCAGCAAUAUUAUCAACGAGAAAUCACCGAGUAGAACUUUUAACUGUCGUCGGACGCCAAGAAGUUGUCCAUUUUCGUUCCAAAGGCCUGAGUGCCAUGCCAGAAGGGUCCCAUUCUGCUCUCCACCAGGGCCCAAUGGGGGAAGAAUGUCCUCAGUUUCCCUCACCCCUUUCCACUGGAGGAGAACAUGAGCAAGUUGACACAGACUUCGGACGAGAUUGUUACAGUCAACUAUGUGUAGAGCCAUUGGAUGGAGAAGGGGAACGUCCAGUGAGUCUGGUGUCAACACUAUCUUCUGGAUCAUCUCGUGACAGUCACAGCCUUUUUGGGAGCACUGUGACCCUUCCAUCCUCCAGCACCCCACCCAUACCAAGCGAGGAGGACAUAGACUUGGAGCUGAUCCCGACUGAAAGCACUGUAGAGCAGACAAGAGACCAGAGUUCUGGCCUCGCAGGUUCCAGUGGCGCAUGGCAGCCGCUCCUGAUCGGCAACCAGUGGAAUAACAACAACGGCACAUGCAACAGCAAGGCGAGUGCAGAGAUCCUUGACAACAUCGCCUCGCCUGUCGUCACGGACACGAUGGCGCCCAACCCAAAGCUGACCUACAUGGACCGAGUUGUCAUGGAGAUCAUUGAGACAGAACGCAUGUACGUCAGAGACCUGCGCAGCAUAGUAGAGGACUAUUUGGCUCACAUUAUAGAUACGAGCAACCACUCCAUACGGCCAGAGCUUGUGUGCGCCCUUUUUGGAAACAUUGAGGACAUUUAUGAAUUUAACAGUGAGUUGCUGCAGUCGCUGGACAUGUGUGCAAAUGACCCCGUGGCCAUCGCUCAAUGCUUUGUAGAAAAGAGUGAAUAUUUUGAAAUUUACACCCAAUAUUGCACCAACUAUCCAAAUUCAGUAGCAGCAUUAACUGACUGCAUGAGGAGUAAAACUCGGUCACAGUUCUUCAAGGAUCGUCAGGCUGCUCUGAAGCGUCCCCUACCUUUAGGUUCAUUCCUCCUCAAGCCUGUACAGAGGAUCCUGAAAUAUCACCUACUGCUACAGGAAAUUGCAAAGCACUUUGAUCAAAAUAAGGAGGGUUAUGAGGUGAUCCAGGAGGCCAUAGACACUAUGACAGGUGUGGCCUGGUACAUCAACGACAUGAAGAGGAAGCAUGAACAUGCUGUCAGAGUGCAGGAGAUACAGUCUCUUCUGAUCAACUGGAAAGGUCUUGACCUGACAACCUAUGGUGAGCUGGUGCUGGAGGGCACAUUUCAUGUGCUGCGGGCGAAGAACAGUCGUACACUCUUCCUGCUUGAAAAGAUGCUGCUCAUUACCAAGAAAAGAGGGGAACACUAUGUCUACAAGACACAUAUUUUAUGUUCAACCUUGAUGCUACUGGACAAUGCAAAGGAUCCCCUCCUCUUCAGCGUCAUCCAUUUCAAGCAUCCCAAGCAGCCUCAUACCGUGCAGGCCAAGUCUGUAGAAGAGAAGCGUCUCUGGUCCCAUCACAUCAAAAGGCUCAUUCUAGAGAACCACAACACUAUUGUUCCACCAAAGGCAAAAGAAACAAUCGUGGACAUUUCAAAUUGUCCUGGAAAGUACCACUGUAGUCCAGAGAGGGUGAAAAGAGCAGAUUCUUACCAGUCUGAAGAUUUUCAUCUUGCAAGACGGAAUGGGAGAAGAAGAUCAGAACCUGCAAAGCAAAUCAUGAAAGGUACAAAAGAUGUUAUGAAGCAUGCAGAGAGCGAGGGGGCCCUGCUGGGCGACAGGCGCCCCCCUCAGCCUGCCACAAGCGUCAGGACACUGUCUUCCAGUGUAGGCGAGCCCCUGGCUGAGGGGCCCAGUGUGGAGGAUCUCAUCCCCAGAAGGGAAACUCUGCAGCCAAAUUCCACUGAUCCAAACCUGAGCUCCUUGCCUCGUGAAGGAGGUCUAGAGCUUGAGAUGACAGAGCAGGAAAAAGAAGAGGGGGAGAGUUACAAGGAGGAUUUACUGAUGGGGGUCGACCAGGUAGCUGACUUUGCCAGCUCUGUGCUGGCAGCCAUCUCCUGCUGGCACUAUAGAAGCAGGGCUUUGCUUUCUUCUCACUUCACAACGGAGGAUCCAGUGAGCAAUGCAGCUCAGCUGUCAGAGAAACAGAGAAAAGAGACAGAAGAGUCUUCCGGCUGUGAAGAAACCCAGGAAGAUGUGAGCAAGACCACACAGGUCCAUUUGAAUGAGCUGCAUCCUCCAAACUCUCUUCCUAAAGUAGAGAGCGUCCAUCAGCUGGUGGCUCAGAAGCCCCUACGCCCUUACUCGCCCGUGUCCUCCCAAACCCAAGAGGCCGUCACUUCGGAGCGUGCGCAGACCUUUGGGGAAACUGGUGAGGAAGAAGAGGGAAGUAGCGACUCAUCAGGUCUUCCAGUGGGGGAGACUAGUGUGCUGAUGAGCAGCGAGCUCUCUGAGGAGGAUGAGGAGGUGCUGGCGGGGAGUAAGAGCAUCCUACCCUGUUCCGUGUUGGAUCAGGCAAGUGUCAUCGCCGAGCGCUUCAUCAGCGGCCUGUCCAGGCGUAGCAGCCUGGUCUCAGAGGAUAUGGACUCCUUAGCCUGCUCCUCUCCUUUGACCCCUAAUGAAGUCCUAAUAAGCCCCUCAAAAUGCACCGUCUCUGAAGAAAAUCCCCAAGCAGAGGUCGAUACAUCUGCGCAUGAAUCGGAUGUAGAGCGCAGGUCUACUCUCUCCAAACAGGAUCGCAUCCUUAUCUACAAGAUCAGGAGAUACUACGAACACGCCGAGAACCAAGAUGCUAACUUCAGCAUCCAACGCAGGGAAAGUCUCUCCUACAUCCCGGCGGGUCUGGUGAGACACCUGAGCCGACAGCUUAACACGAUUCCAGACCAGCAGUCUGUUCCACUCCACAGGAAAGUCCUCUCCCGACAUAGACCCACUUCCUGGUCUGUCUUUGACCUUCCCAGUCCAGACAUACACUCGAAGGCUGAAGCACAAAGACCAGAAGACAUUAAGACAAGGUCUUUGAGUGCCACAGAUGAAGACUUUCAACCUUCAUCAGAGAUGAUCAAAGUCUGGCAAGACAUGGAAUCAGAGGAGGAGAAAAAGGCACAUGUUGACUGUUUGGACUCCAACCAACCUGCAAUCCUAGAAGAAAGCGAAACGAGUCAUGUCUCAGAUAGGUCAAACAUUUUAGUAGUCGAUCAAAACUCCAAACAUCUCAAGGCCUCAGUACUUCAUGGAAAUAACCUGGUCCAACUGCCAAAGAUCAUUAGCUUCAGAGCAAGUGUGGAUGAGGAGCAUCUCUUACAGGACAUGGGCAAGAUGAAGAACAAGGUGUUCCAAUUGGCGCGUCAGUACAGCCAGCGCAUCAAAAACAACCGACCCAUGGUCUGGCAGAGGAACCGAGAAACUUCAAGUUCACAAAGCUUGAGGAACAUGCCUCAUGUACUCCAGGAGAAGGUGAAGAAAAAAGGUAAACCCAGCCUGAGACUGCCCUUGAACCUUUGUGAGCAGAUGGUCAUCCAUGAGGUGAAUUCACCAAGUCCAGUCCAGACCCCGAGUUCUGCUGCCAGCUCCCACAGCACAGCCUCUGGCCAACAAAGCCCACAGCAGGAGAACUUCCACUGGCCUGACGUACAAGAACUACGCUCCAAAUAUAACCCCUGCACACUAGAGGCAGACAACACACACCCCUUUGAUUGUUCUACAGACAAAUGCAAUGACUGUCCUCACACAGACCCUCAUGGAGAAACGACACAUUGUCCUGCAGGGCAAUCUGACACCUGGUGCAAGGAGACAGGUGACCAAGACCAGCCUCGGACUAGGUUUAAUGUGCUGUGUGGGUGGAGCUCUCUGGACCACAUGCUUGGCUCUUAUCCGCUUCACGAAGUGCAGAACCUGCAGGAACAUGCGCAGACCUGCUGUUCGACUAGUCCAACGUCAUCUACCGCACAGGAGAGCAGUGUCCUGACAGAGGGAAACAAACUCUUCCAGGACAGCAUUGACUGUCCCCCCGAGUCGGCCGGUGAGAGUUCAGCGAAGACUUCUGAACGUAUCCUGGUGAAGAGUUUACGGGAGAAGUUCCUGAGCCUGGGCACAAGCUCGUGAAAACAAUUUAUCUUCAGAGACAGAGAAACCUUCUUUUACGCCACAAAAUGUUGUGUAGUAAGUGUUGGACUCUUAAAGGGAUGUUUUGUCGAAACAAUGUGGUGUGUUGCAAUAUUUGUACAUUUGAGACUUGAUGUAAAUGUGUAAAUAGUCCCCCUAUUAACAUCAUUAGUCUUAUAAUGAUAUAAAUCUGUUAAGUUUUAUCCAACCAUCCAUUUUCUACCGCUCAUCCCUCUCGGGUCGCUAGUUUUGUACUAUUGUUCAUAUUAAAGCAUAAAACGAUGAGUUGCAGAGGGAAAACAUGACCUCAAUAAGCUGACCACACCAAAGAGUUUCUAUUAUAACAGCAUUGUGCACUAAUUGUUGUUUUCAGGCAUCACUGGAGCUCUAGUCCUUUCCUAAAUGUAUAUUUUUUAAUGAAUGAUAUUUAUGACGCUCUAUUUGGGGAAAAGAUUGGCAUGUAAAUAGAAAUGGACCUCUUUGGUGUUCAUUAAAGAAAACCUACUUGAAGUGUGCUGUUUGCAAUAAAAAACAGAAAUUGUCACUAACGUCACGUACUGAUGCAAAUAUUAAACACGUGACUUAGUCCACUGACAUUGUCUUUUGACUGUAUUCAUGAAUAAACCCUCA